UGUCAAACUAUCCAGAUGUGAGGCCAUGGACUCAGAGGCUGUGGUGCGCUGUCUGCGAGGCAAGAGUGAAGAGGAGAUUGUGGCUAUUAACAAGGUUUUCAAGAUUAUUCCCGGUGUGGUGGAUGGGGCAGUCCUACCCAGGCACCCCAGGGAGCUGUUGGCCUCUGUGAAUUUUCACCCCGUCCCCAGCAUCAUUGGUGUCAACACUGAUGAAUAUGGCUGGAUCAUCCCCAGUUUCAUGGGUACUGCUCAUAGCAUAAAGGAAAUAACCAGAGAGAACCUGCAGGCUGUUCUGAAGAGCACAGCAGAACAGAUGGGGUUACCUUCAGAGAGUGGUGACCUGCUAAUGAAGGAGUACAUGGGAAACACGGAGGAUGCCCAGACCCUCCAACUACAGUACAGAGAGAUGAUGGCAGACUUCAUGUUCGUGAUCCCCGCACUCCAAGUGGCACAUUUUCAGCGUUCCCAUGCUCCUGUAUACUUCUAUGAGUUCCAGCAUACGCCUACUAGCCUGAAGAAUGUCAGACCGUCUCAUGUGAAGGCUGAUCAUGCCGAUGAGAUUCUUUUUGUCUUUGGGUCCUACCUCGGGGGCAUCAAACGUGAGUCUUCCCUGUUUUCCUUGAGCUAAUGGGCUCCCAGAUGG